CCAGAGCCACAAUGAAGCACCUGGUUCUGCUGUGCAUCCUGCUGGUCGCCUCUCAGGCCCGGUUUAUUCAGAAAGGCGAGCUGUGCCAGAAGCUGAAAGCCCAGGGCAUGAAUGGCUACCUAGGCAUCACUCUGCCCAAUUGGGUCUGUACUGCAUAUUAUGAAAGUAGUUAUAAUACUCAAGCCAUCAACCACAAUAGAGACGGCAGCACCGACUACGGGAUCUACCAGAUCAACAGCCGUUACUGGUGUCAGGAUGGUAAAACACCUGGAAGCAAGAACAUUUGCAAGAUCGCCUGUUCUAAGCUCUUGGACAAUAACAUCACGGAUGACUUAAAGUGCGCAAAGAUAAUCGCAACGGAAGCCAAAGGGUUGACACCCUGGGUGGCCUGGAAGAAUCACUGUCGUAAUCGCGAUCUGUCACAGUUCAAGUGCUAAAGCCCCUCAGCCCUCGGCCCGGCCCGGAGGAUCCCGCUGCUCCCCGGACUCAGCGAUCCUCGACCGCAGACCCCCGAAUCCCAGCCCCGGCUCCCUGCAUGGCUCCCCUCGGCCUCUGUCUCCGUCUCUGUCCGUUUCUGUCCUCAAUAAAGAUUUCUGCUUCUGCCUGGA